GACAGAAAACCCAGGCUGAAUCUUUUUGGAGCCCCGAAGAGAUUUUUAACUGAGACAAUUUUUUUUCCCUUUUCAAUAACCAAGAUGCUUUAAAUGUCUGAUGCCAGUGUCCCAACUUCUGGAGGAAGACAACAACAAGAAGAAGGAUUACUGUGUAUUCUGCACUGGACGAAUGAAUAAAAAGGAUUUGAACUUUUUUUUGUUGGAAGGGAGAAAAUCUGAGCUUUCAUUUUGCUGCAGGAUGUUAGUGAUGGUGACUGUGUGACUGGAGGGGGUUUAAGUAGAAGAUUUUCUGAGCUGAGGUGAAUUUACUUUUGACUUUGAGCUGAGGUGAAUUUCAUUCCUUUUUCUGGCUGAGGUGAAAUUUUUAAUGUUGAGUUGAGGUGAAUUAGGUUCUAGUUUUGAGCUGAGGUGUAUUUGAUUUGUUUUUCUGAGGUGAAUUAAGUUUAGUUUUGAGGGGAGGUGAGUUUAUUUUUGACUUUGAGCUGGGGGAGAGUUGAUUUGAGGUGAAUUUUGUUUUAUAUUUUUCAAUAUAUUUUAUGUUUCUGGGGGAGAGUUGGGGUUUGUAGAGACUGACCUACCUCAGUGUACUUUGCUGGCAGUUCCCCUGGAGAUGGCCGGCAGCAGCUCCGGCCCUGGCUGCAGCCCGGGAGCCGGCGCUGGGGGCGCCGCGGGUGAAGGGGCUCCGGGCCCCGUCCCCGUCCCCGGGCCUGGCUCCUCCGGCAGCGGCGGCUCGACCGCCUCCAACCCCCGCAAGUUCAGCGAGAAGAUCGCCCUCCACAACCAGAAGCAAGCGGAGGAGACGGCCGCCUUCGAGGAGGUGAUGAAGGAUCUAAACGUGUCCCGGGUACAGUUUCACAAACUACACCACUUACGUUUAGCACAGACCCGGGCACAGUAUUAUGGAGGAUCAUUGCCCAAUGUCAACCAGAUUGGGAACAACACAAACGACUUGGAGAUGUCAUUCCAUCCCACUCUGGAUUCUACACGAGGAACACGGCAUCACGGUUUGGUGGAGAGGGUUCACAGAGACCGGAGUCACAUGAUAUCACCUCGCCGACGCCAGCCUGCAAUGGAUAAACAUGGCCGACAGAUUGGCAGUUCCCCAUAUGGUUCAGUUUAUCUCUCUCCACCACCGGAUACAAGUUGGAGACGGAGUCUCCUGCCAUGGGGAAAUGAGGAGAAGCCGCCUGGAUUGAGACUGAUUUCGGCCCUCAGCAGAACAAACUCUGACUCUGCUCUGCAUACCAGCGCUCUGAACCCUAAUCCACAGGAUGCCUUCAUGAGCGGGAACCAGCUGUUCCCACAACAGGAGCGGCAGAAUGUAAAUUAUUGUGAUGAGAUGGACAGUCUGGGAGAAGUCUUUUCAUUCCCGGUCCUGACAAAUGAAGACAGUGUCUUAAAGUUGAACAAACCUUUACCAAAACAGCUGUGGGAAGCAAAGAAGGUUCAGUCGCUGCUGUCACGUCCCAAGUCUUGCGAAGUCCCUGGCAUCAGUAUCUAUCCAUCCCCAGAGCAGAAUGUCGGAUUGUCACAUUUUCAAGGGUCACUAAACACAGGAGGCUCCCUGCCAGACCUCACAAACCUUCACUUCCCGUCACCUCUGCCGACCCCUCUGGACCCUGAAGACAGCAGCUUCCUCAAUAUCAGUGGAGGCAACAGUACCAGCAACCUGGCUGCUACCAUGACACACCUGGGCAUCAGCAACUCUCAAGGUUUCUCCACGUCUUUGCACAGCUCUCUGAGUAACCCAUCAAUACAGGCUUCACUCAGCAACUCCAUGCUGCAGUCUCCUUUAAACAAUCACUCCCUCAGCAACCCCUCCAUCCACUCCUCACUACGGUCAUCGCUAAGCAACCCGUCCAUCCCAACCGCCUUGAAGAGUUCGCCACGCCGACGGCAGACACCGGUCAGUCCGCUAACACUCUCGCCAGGAAUGGAGCCUCGAAGGUCCAUGAGUAAACAGUUCUCACCAACCAUGUCACCAACGCUAUCGUCGAUAGCACAAGGGGUUGCCUUGGAUACAAGUAACAUGACCAUGGAACACCUACCGCCUUAUCCCCUCUAUCAACAACUGCACCAAACUCAACACAAAGUGCAGCACCCACAGGGACAGUCACCAGUGUCUCCUCUUCAUCACCUCUCUCAGCAAUCAGCAAUCGAACUGCACUCUCCCACUAAUGACACAAUGGAAAACAUCCUCAGUGAUCCAUAUUUUGGGCAGCACUUGGUUGCCAGAAACACCAAGCCGUUGUCACAGCAGGUAUGGAAGUUUGCCAUCAACAGACCUAUGGAGAUCCCGUGCAGUCUAGGGAUAUCAGAAUGGGAUCGGGUUAUGCUGGAGCAGUUUAACAUGUUGGAAAACCCAGUCGGCACCUUGGCAAUGAGUGGCAGCAGCUUCUGUAAUCCAGGCCCCGGCCUGCACUACUCACAGGCCUCCUCGGCAGGUUUGACUGGGAAUCUCCAAGACCCACCUCACCUGAAACCCAACCUGCCAUACUCCACCUGUACCGGGAAUAUCCCCAACAUCAUCUUAACAGGGGAUUCUCCACCUAGCCUGUGCAAGGAUAUCAGCAGUGCUCUGGCUGGUGUCCCAGACAUGACCUUUGACACCGAUGGCCAGUUCCAACUGGAUGACGAGUUAAAAAUCGAACCACUUAGCCUAGAUGGACUGAGCAUGCUCAGUGAUCCGGAUCUGGUUCUGGCUGACCCCACGAUCGAAGAUACAUUCAGGACGGACAGAGUGUAACUGCCCCAACUUGUAACUUUGGGGAUGAUGGCGGAAGAGAAUAUAUCUGGACACUACAGAGUGAAGGAGAGCACUUACAGAAUGGCACAUGGGCUACAAGACUUAUUUUUUUAAUGAUUAAAGAACUAGUCACUGCU